CUUGCAUAUGGCUCAUUCCCCCAAGAGGAGAGUGAUAUAGAUAACUUCCUUUCCUUUUACCGCAUGGUGCCCAAUGAAGUGCAUCAGUAUAUGGCAAUUAUCAGUUUGCUUCGGCAUUUUGGAUGGACAUGGACUGGACUCUUUGUUACAGAUGAUGACGGAGGAGAAAAUUUCCUGCAGGCCCUGGAGCCCAUGCUUUACCAGCAUGGGAUCUGUUCAGCCUUCACACAAAGAAUGGAAAAAAUAGCUCGUUUUGAUAUGGUGGGUGAAAUUUUUGAUAUGCUUGAUAGGUAUUACGUGGGUGUCACAAAUGAUAAAGCCAAUGCAUUCAUUGUCUAUGGAGAUUCUCUGACAUUGACCUGGUUAAGGUCCGUUAUGUAUCUACGAGAUCCUGAAAAUAAGGAAAGUGCAUCAUUUAGAAAGGUUUGGAUCAUGACAACACCAAUUGAUUUCGUAUUAUUGAGUUUUCAAAAGUCUUGGGAUCUUGAGCUCUUUCAAGGUGCCAUUUCCUUCACCAUACACUCCAAAAAAGUUCUCAAGUUCAAUGAAUUUCUUCAGAUCAUAAAACCUUAUUGGAAUCCAGACGAUAGUUUUCUCAAGGACUUCUGGGAGCAAGCAUUUGACUGUCCAUUUCCAGAUCUGCUCAUGCAAGAUAUUGAAACAUGUACAGGGGAGGAGAAGUUAGAGUGUCUUCCUGGGCAUGUGUUUGAAAUGGACAUGACUGGCCACAGCUACAGUAUCCACAACGCUGUCUAUGUUGUCGCUCAUGCUUUGCAUGCUCUUUAUUCAUACAGAUCAAAGCAAAGAGCAAUGGUGGGAGGCAAAAGGUUUGAACUUCAAGAUCUGCAGCCCUGGCAG